GUUAAAUUGUUACGCUUGGCGGUUUAUUUAGUUUUGAAGCGGUGGUGUCAUGUUAAUUAUUUAAUGAAUAUGGAUUAAUUUUGUAUCUACAACCUCUUUCGCAUUAUUUUUAAAAUGUCUGACCAGACUCAAGAAACAAUUGCUAGCCGAUUUGUACGUCUGAAUCAGCUGCUGCUUGGAAAAUCAAGUUACAACAUUCCAAAGAAAUAUUUGCUGCACCGAGAUGGCCUUCUUGAUGCUUUGUGUGCAUUUUAUGAGGAAUGCAAUGUUGAUUAUUUGCGGAAGGAUAAACACAUAGCAAAUUUCAUUGAUAAAUUUAAAGGUGUAAUGAUUGAACUAAAAUCCCUGCGAGUAAAUCUGAAAGAUUUUGAAGUUAAGAAGAUUAUUGGCCGGGGCCAUUUUGGAGAAGUUCAAGUGGUGCGAGAGAAAGCGACUGGAGAUGUGUAUGCCAUGAAAGUGCUUCGCAAGCAAGAAACUCUUUCUCAACAAAAUGUAGCCUUUUAUGAAGAGGAAAGAGAUAUUAUGGCUAAAUCAACUAGUCCUUGGCUGACAAAACUUCAAUAUGCGUUUCAAGACAAUCAGAACCUGUAUUUGAUCAUGGAAUUUCAUCCUGGUGGUGACAUGCUGUCACUGCUGGAAAAGUAUGACAAUGUUCUUCCUGAAGACAUGUGUCAAUUUUACCUAGCAGAGCUAGUUCUUGCAAUUCAUAAUCUUCAUACAAUGGGCUAUGUGCACAG